UACCUUGACACACCAAAGCUUUACUAACCAUCCACCUGUGUAAUAGUGCAUACAAGAAGAGAGAGAGAGAGAGAGAGAGAGAGAGAGAGAUGAUCAUGAGCAACAACAAGAACACAGACUCAUUAUCAAAAUCAUUUCCAAUGAAUGGUGGAAAUGGCACAUACAGCUACUCCAAAAACUCCAGCAUUCAGAGAGAAGCUUCAAUAAUUGUGGAAGCACUGAUCAACGAAGUAAUUGCAGAGAAGCUUGACAUAGAAAACAUCUCUUCCACUUCAAACACAAUUCGUAUUGCAGAUUUGGGAUGCGCAUCAGGAACAAAUACAAUCUUUGCUACCCAACACAUAAUAGAAGUUGUGGAAAAACUCUAUCGGUCCAAAGGGUUCGAGUCCAAAAUACCCGAAUUCCAAGUCUUGUUCAAUGAUCUUCCCACAAAUGAUUUCAACACCCUCUUCACUUCUUCACUCCCCUCGGAAAAGAACUACUUUGUGGCAGCUGUACCAGGUUCAUUCUAUGGUCGGUUAUUCCCCGAGUCCUCUCUUCACAUAGUUCACUGCUCCUGUGGACUUCAUUGGCUUUCUAAGGUACCAGAGGAGAUUUUAAACAAAGAUAGCCCUGCCUGGAAUAAGGGAAAAAUUUACUACACAAGUGCCUCAGAUGAAGUAGCUGAUGCUUAUGCAUCACAAUUUGACAGAGAUGUUGACAACUUCUUGAAUGCCAGAGCUGUGGAGAUGGUAAGUGGAGGGUUGAUGCUACUUCUCACAAUAGGUGCUGCAGAUGGGGUGUCUCGUUCUGAGAUGCCUCAAGGUUGGGUUCAUGAUGCUUUUGGGUCUAGCCUCAUGGAUAUGGCUAAAGAGGGAUUGAUUAGUGAAGCUAAAGUGGACUCAUUCAAUGUGCCAAUCUACAUAGUCCGCCCUAACGACAUGGUCAGAGCGGUGGAGAGAAACGGUUGUUUCAGCAUUGAGAGAAUGCAGUUGACAGAUCCCUUGUUGAAAAUUGACGAGCCCCUUGACAUGCACGCAUGUGUAACGCACGCAAGGGCUGCCCUAGGGGGACUGAUAGCGAAGCACUUUGGAAUUGAGAAACACUUUGAAAGUGAGAUAAUGGACGAAAUGUUUGACCGGUUUGACAAAAAAGCUGUUGUCUUCUCCACAAUGGAGCCAAGGUACAAGAAAAAUAGUGUACUGUUUGUCACUCUGAAGCGCAAAUAAUGAUCCUUGGAGAAGAACUCAAACUUUCAUUCCAAACUAUUUUGUGUGGUUUUCUUUUUCUAUGGGUACUAAUAUGAUGUAUUUAACGAUGAUCAACAUGAA